CGUAAUGUAGCUGUGCGUUUUAUGCGCGGACGAAGAUACGCAGGCGCACUCGCGAAAGGGACGAAGAUAGAGAGAUUGACCAGGGGUGGAGAGAUAGAGAGGGUGAGAGUGAAAGAGAAGGUGUGAGAGAGAGAGAGAGAGGGUGAGUGAGACAGGACAGACAGUCGGACCAGAUAUAUUAUCGUCGUCAGCCAAACCGGAAAGGACGUUCAAUAUUAAAAACCGAUUUAUUCUCUCCUCCACCCCCACCUCGGUCCACGUUUACUAUAAGCCCGUCGUCUCCGGCCAUCCGCCCCUUCGCGCGCCGCGCCUACCGCCGGCCUAUCUGCCGUUCUACCGCCGCCUCUGCUUCCACGGCAGAUCGUUUUUCCGACACGCGUCACGACGGAUCUUUUUGUCGUCCACGCGAACCUACACGCGCACACACGCGAGCACACGCGACAGUCCGCACAUACACGCGACACGCUCGACGCCACCGCCGCAGAAGCUGCAGUCUUGUAAACGCCGUUGCCGGUCGCCAAUAUUUCUGUGGUUGAUUGGUUACCACGAAACAUAUCCACCGCCACCAACGACGUGUUACUGUUUCGUCGCCAAUUAUAAGGCAGUAUUAAGACUGUAAUGGUUCUUACACAAAAUAUACAACUAUUGACUGAGAAAUGCAUAACUCAACGUAUGCUUGUUUGUCACGAUCAAACAGUUCAAACCAACCGUCAUCCGAUCAAGAAGGCUUAGAUCGUCAAAACAGUUUAAUGUUUACCAAACUUCCAUUGCCAAAAUUAGAGAAUGAUUUACAAAACUAUAAUUUGAGGUUGGACAACAGGCCAAACUCUGAACAGAACAAAGAUGGUACAGCGGAUCAAACUAUAAGAAGGUAUAGAACAGCGUUCACGAGAGAACAGUUACUUCGAUUAGAAAAAGAAUUUUAUAAAGAAAAUUAUGUGUCCAGGCCAAGAAGAUGCGAGCUUGCUACCGAAUUGAAUCUUCCCGAAUCGACGAUAAAGGUGUGGUUUCAAAACCGGCGGAUGAAGGACAAACGGCAGAGGAUCGCCAUGGCGUGGCCGUAUGCCGUGUACACGGACCCGACGUUUGCGGCCACGGUGCUGCAAGCGGCCGCGGCCAGUGCGCACGCCAACGGCACGCUGCCCGACAUAGCGGCCAUUGCCAAUGCCUACCAGUACUCGGCAGCGGCGGCGGCCGCGGCCGCUGGACCGUCCUACUUCCACGGCCCCGGAGGCGGCGGCGGCGGCGGAGAGUACGGUAAGUUCCAGCCUCAGCACUACGUCGGUCCGAUGCCACAACCGCCUCCGGGACCGCCUACCCAGGCGCUUCAGCAGAUGAUGAAGAAACCGUUCGGGCCGUUCGUGGGCCACCAUCACCACCAUCACCAUCACCAUCAGUUCGCGGCUGAUGCCGCUGCCAUGGCCGCAGCCACCGACGCCUCCGCGGCUGAAUCCAGCAAUGGCCUCCACCACGCGGCGGCCAGUUAUGACGGCCACAAGCUUGCGGCGGCCGAUCAAAAAACGCCUUCGACCUCUGUGGAAAACCAUAAGACGACGACCGCGGCGGCCACGACAUCGUCGUCGUCAUCGUCGUCGGCUGCGGACGCCGCCGAUUUUUCCGGCGCGGCCGCCGGUACGAGCUGCAAGUGCGGCAUAGUCGAUUGCGUGCUGACCACUUCCGGAAAACCGGUUAACAAUAACGGAGCGAUGGACGAGUCUACGCCACCAGCCACCGCUGACCGCUUGCCGUCACAACCGUUUUUCAUGACUGCCAGUGCACCCGAAACCGGUAGGGAUGACAUACAGACUGCGGAAUGUUCGUUGGCAGUCCACAAGCACGUCUACCACAAGGAGUACGCCAAAAACAAACUGUUCCAGCCCUACAAGUCGGAUGUGACUACAGCGAAACUCAACCUGUAAACUUUAAACACUAUACCUUUAAUAAUGUAGCACACAUAAAUAUAAUAUUAUUAUUAUUAGGCAGGUACCUACGUAGUAUAACUAAAUUAUAAAUAGUACGACUUACCUGUUGUAACACUAUCAUACCUAUUAUUAUAAGCAACGUUAAACUGCAGUUCACUACUAUAAUUCCUAUAUGGUAAUAAACAAUAUAGGUAUAGGUAUCUACUCUAUUCGACAAUAUAAAUAUAUUAUUAUCGUAUACAUACAAUACGAUUAUCUCAUUGAAACACUAUUAAAUUAUUAUAUUAUAUUAUCGCGUACAGGGUGUGUAAACAUAGUCAUAAUAAUACGUAUAAUGUUUAUGAUGUUAAAGGAGUUCAACCACGCGCUCUGAUUUUACCCGUAAUACAAUAAAUUAUUAAUCUAAUAAUAUUAUGGUAACCUGGAGUUAGUGCCAAUUCAAUGUUAUUGUUUCGCUAAAUUCUAAACUUCGGGGAUAAAUGCAUAUUAAACACUCGGUCCGGUGUCAAAAUCUUGAUGGCCAAAUAUAUAUUCCAUUAGACAGCAUAAUAAUAAAACAAAACUCUUGGCGCUUACCCCUUGAAAAUUUCCCAUCCAGACCUUCAUCAACGCAGUAUGAUAGUUUAUUUUAUUGGACGUCCUUCGCGGGGUUUUUGUUUCUACACAGCUUGUGCAGUUGUAUUCAAAUUCGAAAUAGAUGAUUUGUAAUGUGAAUUAAUCACCUCACAACAGCGUAGCAUUGUUAAAUACAAUAAACUGUAACUAUUUUGUUAUUAUUUUGAACUCCAUAUUUUCUUUUUAUUCAAUUUUUGGUCUUAUCGGGGAAUACGUUUUCGAUAAAACAUAUUUGCGAAUCAUAAUUAGGACAUUGUUCUUCGAAUCAGGGAAAAAAUAAGAUUCAGGAUAAAAUUAAAAUUUCCUUCGACCAACCUCCAGUUAACUUCCCUUUAUUUUGUUCAUUACCAUAAUUAUGUACAAACCACAUAAUUUAAGUAAAAAAUAUACAUGUGUACCAAUAACAAUCUGCCCUAUUGAUUGUGGCAGAUUUAUAGAUGUGAGCUCCCAUACCUUUAUUCGUGAGAGGCCCUGAGUUAAUAAUUUUAGUACAUUGGGGCGAUCCCACUGCCUACUGGUAUCUGGUACCUCCCUCAAAUGCGGACAUGGGUUUCCAAAAUAUUAUAUAAUGAAAUGUAGCUUAUAGAACAAAACAGACACCCCAAAUACCCAGAAAAAAUGAUAAAGUACUCGAAUAACUAAUUAUUAUUCUUUCGUUGUUCUUGUACAAUGUAUAAUACAAAUUAUAAAUAUUCUUGGAAUGUGUACUGUGUAUGUCCCUAAUUUUCGAGGGUCUGUUCGAUUUGAAUGUAUAGUUUGAAUUCGUAUUUCGUGCCAUAUUAUUCCACACAUUCAUAUUUUCCUAUAAUUUCAUAAUUCUAACCAAUUUAUAGUUUUAAGUGCCAAUUUUACAUUUAUACCAUCGCCUCCGGACGAUAGGUAUAAUUAUUAAAAACAAAGCUCGUUUUGUAUGGCCUGCAACACAUAGGUAUAUUAUGGGUAGGUAAUCAGUGGUGUGCUCCGGAGUUUUGAAUGAGAGAUGGGGGGGGGGCUUAAAAUGUUUUUAAUAUUUAAAUAGGAAUUUAAAAAUUUUUCACUUUUUAAUAACGAAAAUGUAUUGAACGAAAACAUUUUAACAGUCAAGUGAGAGGUUAACCUCUCUUCCCCCUUGAGCUCACCUAUGUACCUAGGUAUUAACAAUUUGUUAAAUCCUGCAGGGUCUACUGCUUGUAAUUUGAUUUCAUACAUUAAUUUUAAAUUAGUCAGCAGUUUUACACAUGAUACAUUUUGUAUGUGUUAACAAAAUAACCAGUACAUUUUUUAUUUUUAUUUAAUUUUCUUGCUUUAUGUUCACUAAUGUUACCAGAAAAUACAUAAUGUAUUUCGAGUAACCAAUUGAUCAUUCAAUUUUUCAUGUUUUAUCAUUGGUACUUAUUAAUUAUUACCUAUUAGUUAUUACAAGUCCCUUUAUAGCUAACUGUAAAAAAACGAUGAACUCUCUAAAUAUAUUAAAAGUCAACUGAUGUGAGUAUUGAAAAACUGUAUGAAUAGAAUAAUAUUUUGAAUGGAACGUUUAAUAAUUUUUUUUUUCAUUUAUAUUUUGAGCAAAGUAAGUUAUUACUUAUGCUAUGAUGGUAUUUGAAGACCGCGUUAGUUUUUAUUAAAAUUGUGUAGACAUAAAACUUCAAAUUAACAAU